AUGAUAAGUUAUCAACUGAAACUUCCAACAGAUUUGAUCACAAAGUAUACGCUCAUGAUAGCAGUCGGAUGCCUGGUGUUGACGAUGUUUCAAAUAAUAAAUAUGGUGAAUUACAUUGGAUCCGUUUACGCCAUUGGAGCAAUCACAACAGGAAGAACAAGUCAUAUACAUAAAGCAAUACUUAUAACGGGGUUCGGAUGCAGUGUAGACAUAAUUCAUUUAAUUUUUCAUAGAUCUAAAUCGAGUUGGAUUUUUGUCAAAGUCGUUCAAUUUCUUAUAUGYCUUCUGGGUGUCUCUUUCGAGAUCGUAACUAUAUUGUCGUUACAUUGCUACUGGAAGUACACCGAAGCAAUACAAAAACAACCGGAAAAAACAUGGGUCCAACAUAAACUGGGYCAGGUAUUUUCCAUAUUUUCUAAAAAUUAA